AUGGGAGAGCGGACGGGAUCCCGAAUUUUCCAAUGGGUAUGGUCGUAUGUGCUCAAACGAGGCCAUCGUGACAUCCAUGGAGGCAUCCAGGACAACACGCAAAACUGCCUCAUAUGGGGAACCUUUGGCAGCAAAUCUAGCAUCUUAAUCACUCUAGGCUUGCCCAAAGAUUAUCAUUAUCUUAUUCUGUUGGUUUUGAAAUGCAAUACAGCGGGAGAUUCUUUAGUUGGGGCACGCAGAAAACUUCACAAGUGA